AACUCUGUGAGCUCGACCGCUGUUUCUGGAUGGAUGAAGCAUCAGCAGCAACAGACAAACAUUUUUCAGCUAAAGUGAGCGGUUUGGCGUCAAAUAACCUUGCGAAAAUAACCGUGUCUGUUGGCGUUCGUCUCCCGCGGACAUAUGUCGACAUGCAUAUUCUAAUCUCCCAGGUGCGUAACGUUAGCUAGCUCUAUAAAAAAAAACCAAAAAACCCAACAUUGGGCGAAGAAGGCAGAGAACGAGCCUAGCCAAUGAACUAGCUUCAUCUCCGUUCCCACGUGAAGCAGAAAGCGCAAAGUUUGGGACUUCUUACAGGACUCUACACUGCCACGGAUAACUUCCUGUCCCCGUGCCUCCAUGUCCCGUUUAUCAGGACUCUAGCUGUGGUUUCUAACGUCUUUGUAUCUGGGGAAAAGAACAAAAAGUUGAACUUUCAACCCACGCCGACUUCCUCAGAGUGCACGACCCAGUCUUUUCUGCACGAUGUGGAUGUGUAUUGCCGCUUUCCUGUUGUGGACUGAGUCAGUAGGAUGCACAGAGAAAGCCAACACGUCGGAACUCAUUGAAUACACCGCUGUGGACUUCUACGAGAAAUUGCAUUCUGGGAAGAUGAUGUUUACUUAUUUUAAGAACAAAGUCUCUCCAACCGUCUCUCUCUUCCUGGUGGAGCUGGAGAAGUCUGCUGAAGUUCUGCAGGAUUAUGGAGUACUGGUCGGAAUGGUCAAUUGCAAUAAAGAGCUGGUUCGCACGUACUGCACAGAUGAAAGGCUACUGCACACAGCUUUUCUGUUCAGGGGGGGCAAAGAGUUCUUGGGAUUCGACCUGGACACCGUGUUUGACGUCAACUCCAUAGUCUCUGAAGUCCUGUUCACCAUUCUCCGCGAAGAGGUCAAGUAUGUCCACACAGAUGCCGACCUCUUGGCCAUGGAGAAAGCAGCCAGGGGCCACAAGGAUAUUGUGCUGGGUUACGUCAGCAGUCUAGGAACACAAGAGCACAGAUCAAUGAUGGAGACAGCAUAUGUGUAUGGAUCAAAAUACCAGUUCAUCCUCAUUACCGGAGGGCCAGUCCUGAAACAUUUAGGUGGCAAUGAAUCGUCUCACUCGUCUCAAGUGUGGUUCCUCCAUUGUAGAGUUCAAAGUGGGUUCAUGACCUCUGUGACCUCUGAGCGCUGCCCUUUGACCCUCAUGAGGAAACCCCUGUCCAUCCUCAGCCUCCACUCCUUCCUGCAGCUCAUGGAGGCUCCACUGGUGUCUGAAGUAUACAAUGACCCAUCCGUGGUCCCGCCCCCCCAGUUCCCCUACCAGCAGACCCCCCAGGUCUUCCUGUUCUCCCGUCCUGCAACCAAGCACCUGGACCUGGACACAGCCACCACUCUCGCCUGGAGACUCCGCGGCAUUGCCCUGCUGCUCCUCGUACACAGGCAGAGUCCUGCAGUGAAAACCCCUGAUGAAUAUAAUGCUGCUUACAGGCUGCCCGAGAAGAGUUUGGAGAUGAAGUACAUGACUUUACACAACCUUGAUGAGGUGCUGGAGCUCUUUACAAUUCACGAGAAAUCGGGAGAGGAGGAAGUGGAGGAUGAAGAGGAGGACGAGGGGCUGGAGGACGACGAUUCAGAUUUUGGCACGCUGGAUGAUGACAUCGUAGUGUCUGUUUACAAAAACAGAGGCAGCUUUCUGGACAUGGACUCAAUUACCCAACCAACUUCUGACAACAUCCACACUACGUUAGCACAAAGCAACUUGACUGUGGCACUCUUCUACCUCAAAUGGAAUGCUGUUUCAAUGGCCUUUCUCAGCUCUUUCAUUGAAGUUGCUGAGAGACUCACAGACUCUGAGGUUGACAACGUGCAGAUGAUCGCCGUCGACUGUGGAGAGUGGACUGACCUCUGUGCCGGGCAGGCAGGUGGCUCUCUCCCGGUGCUGUUUCAGCCAAUCACGGCCUUCCCAAGCGUCUUGGUGCUCCGCCCCCAAGAGUCAGCCCAGCACUACAAAGGCAUGCUGGGUAGUGAGCCGUUGCAUCGCUUCAUCAUGCUGAGUUUCCCAGCUUCUCCUGCGUUACUGUCCACUCAGGAGGAAGUGACGUCAUUUCUACAGGAAGUGCCUCACCCCGAGUUAGCAGGCUAUAUGCCUUCCAGAGUACUGGGACUGUUCAACACACAAACACAUGCAGGAGUGCCUGUGUUUACUGAAGCAGCAAAGUCACUUAGAGGAGAGGUGCUGACUGGAGUGUUGACAGAUGGGCUGGCAGAGAAAUGGGCCAUAGAACACACGGUGGACCUUCCUGCAGUGUUGGCAUUUCCACCUUGGAGGACACACUCCCAUCCCUCCAAGCUGCCUGCGUUCUCCUCUGCUGAGGAGCUGCUCACUCACAUCAACACUGCACUGAUCCAUCCAAUGCCUGAACUGACGGUGGAAAAUCUGCCAUCCUUCCUCUCCCUGGGUAAAGCCCUCCUCCUCCUCUUUGUGGGAGAGGAGGAGGACGAGAUCGGGCGGAGGCAGAACCAGGCGCUGGUGGAGGAGAUGAGACGAGUGGUGGAGUUGGGAGAGGGGAGGAUGGAGCGAUAUGUAGCCUGCUGGAUCCACCUUGGCCACACUCCAGCCGGGAUGUCUGUCCUGGGGUCAUACCUGGGCACUAUGCCCCCGUUGCCUGCUCUAGUCCUCACCCAUUUGCCCUCUGGAGGUGAAAUCUAUCAAUACCCCCCAAACACCCCCAUAGUGACCCCCUUUGUCCUGCAAUGGCUACAGAGGAUUGAAGAUGGGACGGAGUCGACUGCAGGGAUAUUGGGUGAAGAUAGUUGGCCAUCUGCGGUAGAGUUCUAUGACUUUCUGAAAGUCAUGGACACGCAGGAACGCAGCUCCCCCCAGCAGCAAGCACCUGACUUGGAAGAGGAGGACGUGGACAUGGAAGAGGAGAAUUUGGAAAAUGAUUUGUUGGUGGAAGACGCAGCAGAUUCCUCCAAUGCCUCUCCUGCUGAUGAUACCCUUACCGAUCAUUCUGAACUGUAACAGAUGAAGAUGGUAGGGAAGUAACACCAAAGCCCUCAUUACAUUUGUUUGACUAUUGAUAUGGAAUUUAUUUUUUCUUUUUAGUCAAUUAUAAUUUUAUUUUUCUAUGAUGCUCCUUUUAUAAUGGGAUUGUUGAAUGUGUAAAUAAUUUUAUUGUCAGAGUAGUGCAGCUUUAACUUAUUUUUCUCUUUGUUGUUGUUGUGAUUCUCCUACUCUGGCCGGGCCGCGAACCUGCUACCUGCGGCUGUCCGACGCACUGACUAGUAGGCCAAAAUAAGAUAGUUAUUAUUGUUUUAUUUUCAAACAGGUUUAGUUUAAAAAAGUUAGGCAUUAUAGGCAAGAGCUUCAGCCUACACUUGUUUCAAACUGCUGAUAUGAUUUGUAAAUAUGUUGAUGUUGGUCCGUUCUGUUGUUGUUGUUGAAAGUCAGUCUGAAAUAAACUUCAAACUCCAAAACCGUGAA